AGUCAGUCGUGCAGCAGGAUACGCGUGUGAAGCACACAACGGUGCCCCAGAUUCGUUUCUGUACCAUACACGCGCUCAGCCAGGUUAAGGUUAGGUGUUUGCGCGCGCGUGUCCGGAAUAGUCAUAGUGGGAGUAAUAGUGUAUGUGUGGCUUUUGUGUGUGUGUAUAUAUGUAGGAUUAGUGUCUUAGCAUGCAGCUCUUCAGCUUAGUGUGCUAGUGGGCCAAUAAGUCAGCGAUCGAUGGAGGCGCGAAAGUGAAAGGCUCGGGCCCGUAAGUUGGCACAACAUCUUGUCGAGAGGAAGUGAUGUGUAAAUUGUAUAUAAAAUUAUUUAGAUAAUCCCCACGAGAGAAAGAGAGAGUGGUGAUUAACGUCAAAUUCAAUUUAAACGUAGACAGCUUCUAAUCGUUUCAUCGAAAGAACUGCACCAAAAGCGUAUUUCCUCUGGAAGGAAAUUUUUAAUGCUGUCGCUUGAUGAUCGGCCUAUUCAACUGCUUUUCGUUAAUUCCAAAACGCGACUCACAACGAGUAACGACAGGCCUAGGACGAGGAGCGAGCGGAGCGCUGUUUGCCCAACGGCAUAAACCGUAAUUUGUCGCACGAGCGUGUCAAAGCGAAAGUUUGAAUUCAAUUACAAAAACGGCUUAUUACAAAGUAGCGAUGCUCUAAGCGUCUCUACACCAUCCCGUGAGUGAUUUGUGCUGUGUGUGUGUUUGUGGAAUUGUGGUUGUAUGUCAUGUGUGUGUGUAUGUGUAUGUGAAAAUGUGUUUCCUAAAGUGCGUGUGAUCUAGCCGUGCUUUUACGGUGGCUUUAAAAGCACCGUGCUUGUGCGUUUUCGAGGUGCAGUGUAAAUAAGCGAGGCCGUUUCUUAGUUCCGUAAACUAGCUCUUAGUAUUAUCAUUCGAAAAAGGUGAUCCAUCCCACGGGUGUGCUGCUUUCACAGCUAACGCUUUGCGCUUUUCGUCAAUUAACGUUUGAUCGCGCCCUUCGGUUGUUCGGAGGGUUUUUGGUUUUCCGUUCUGGUUGGGAAAUUCAUCGAAAUAAUUAAUUUCCUUUUUGCUGGAAGGCAAACAGCGUGGAGGGAGAAAAAGGUUCGUUCGUUCCUGUGAAGUGUGCUCUUGUUCCGUGUUUGUGUGUGUGUGUAUGUAUGUGUGAGUGUGUAUAAAUAUGCUUGAGUGAGUGCGUAAAUGGUGCGUACCGUUGUGAGCGAUAGAAAUGAUAGGCUUAUCCACGCUUAGCGGUGCCUCUGCUGCUGCUGCUGCUGCAAGUUCCUGAGAAGUGGUGGAAUUUUAGAGAGCAAUAUCCUGAAUACCACUACUGCCUGAAGUGGCUGCGAGGAACCAGGCUACUUCAGCGGCCUAGCAACUGUGAUUUUGUGUCGGUGCUGUCUGUGCUUUCUUCAUUCAAAUUCUAAGGCCAUUUAGCAGCGAGCAUCAAACACAUCGAACGCACACUGGGCGCGCCUUAUCGUGAUCGAAUCUGCGCGAGGCAAGGAACAUACAAUUUACAGAUAAGGGCUUCAGCGCGGCUAAUCCAGCAGAGGAAGAGAGGAGAUCAGAGCAAAAACAAACAAACAAAACGCUUUAAGGAUAAAAUAAAAGCAGGGUUUUUUCUCUGCCUACCCAAUCAACGGUCUAAACGAGUCGGCAAACGGGCUUCACUCAAACCGAAAACCAUCCAGCCAACCAGGAAACGUCAGAAAUAAUCAGCAAACAUGGCGGCCACGAUGCGAACCGGAGGCCUUCACCACGCUUCGUCGCUGGGAAAUAUCGACACAUCGUCGCAGGCGAAGGUAAAUUUUGCGGCCCGCAGUUACGACUCCGAAGAUGAAAAUAUGGGCCGUAAGAAGGGACGGCCUUUUGAGACGGGGCCCUGCUCGAGGGCUCCCGUCUACUCGAAGGGAGACAUACGCGAACAGUACUGCCUGACGGAUCGACAACUCAACUCGAUAGAGCAGCCACGGCGGGAACGAUUUUUUGGCUGCUGGUCCGGCCGCAAUGCUCCACAGUCGUUUCUGGGCGUCUGCGUGGGUCGGCGGGCGCCCUCCGACGAAAACCUCGCCGAUUAUGCACCGAUGCAGCGCUAUCCUAGGUACAUCAAUUCCGGUCCGAUAGCGAAAUCCAUCCUGCAGCAGUACGAUGACGACAUGGAAAGCUCGUACUUCCGCCGAAAGCCGACCUCUUUUUUAUCGAACAGCAGCCAGGGCGGCGGCGGUGGAGCGGGCGGUGGCGGCAGUGCGGGAUUAAUUAUAGGAAGCAGCGCAACACUGCCGGCCGGCGGUGACAGUAAGCGAUACGGUGGCUCCUGGCUGCCGGCCGAGGACGAAGCGGUACGGUUAGAGGGUCCAAGCCUUUAUCGAUGUCCAGCUCAUAACGAUCUGCUACCGCCGCCACCACCACCACCGAACGUAGGCCUUAUCGAUGGCAUCCCGGGCGGCCCACCAAGGACGAAACACGUCAGCUUUGCCCGGUCCUACACGCUCACGUCGUUCGACGAAGCGAUGGGUAGCCGACCGCUGUCACGGCUGGCAGCGGCCCGCAGCCAGGAAAGACUGAUCGGCGGCAAAAAGCCCACCAUCACGCUGGCCCAGCACGCGGCCGGCCCGUACGCCACGGGUGCACCGCUGCACUCGAUCCUCACGCAACCCACCGCCCAGCCGCAACCGCUGCUGCCCCAAGCCCUCCAGAAGCAACCCCUGUCCGUGCCGCAGAACCCGAGCCACAGUCAACCUCAGCAGCCGCCGCAUCAGCAGCAGCAGCAGCCGCACCAUCAGCCACAGCAGCAGCAACCGCAACAGCCUCAGCACGUGCUCAUACAGCAGCAACCGACGUCCCAUCUUCAUCAGCACUUGCACCAGCAGCAUCUGCAGCAUCUACAGCAGCAGCAGCAGCAGCAACAAGCGGCACUGCUCGCACACCAAGCUCACCUGCAACAUCAACAUCAGCAGCAUCAACAGCAGCAACUUCAGGCAGCACAGCUCGCCGCUCAGCAGCAGCAGCAGCAGCAACAGCUUCAGCAGCAGCAGCAUCAGCAGGAGAUGGUUGUGUUGGAAAAGGUGAAGCGAAGCGCAAUGAAGACGCAAGCAACGCAGACGGAGGUGUAUCUGGGCAAGAAGGGAACGGCGCCACACAACCUUUCGCUGAGCCCCAGAACGAUCCACCGGGUAAAAAUGGUUUCCCAAGGCGCGCAAACAAACGGCGGACUGAACGGUGGUGGCCGCAAGCUAACCAAGAGCCUGUCCGAGGCCGGCGAUCGUUUGCAGGAGAAUGGCAUCGAUCCAAACGUGCUGCAACCGGUGGACACUGGCACCGCGAAUGCAAACUUUGAUCAUGAGCUGCUGCAUCGCACACAGUCGGAAGAGCCGCCGAAAUCACCCUUCACCAUCACCUCACCGCCCGCCACCCAUGUAGGGCCACAUUUCGAGCUACCAUCGUCGCGCACGUCCUCGCAGCUGAGCCACUCGGACGGCACGCACCUGACGCACUCGCGCAACCACUCGCAGGACAGUGCCACCUCGUACCGGUCGACCGAUGGGUCGCGGACGUCGUACGAGACCGCCUCCUAUCCGUACGAUGCGUACGACAGCAUUGUGCUGCCGCGGCGUGCCAGCCACUCGCAGGAGCCGACGUUCCAGUUUUUGCGCAAACAGGACCUGGAGCAGGUGCACCAUCAUCAUCAGCAGCAUCAGCAGCAGCAACAUCUUCAACUGCAACAACAACAACACCAACGACAUCAGUCACAGUACACCCAUGGCUACGAGAAUGGAUACGUUCCGUUCGAGACGCACAGCUUGCCGCGGAGAACGUGCAUCCACCACAAGCCGGAGGAGUUCCACACGCACACACUGCCCCGGCGGGACCACGGCCACGCCCAUCACCAUCACGACAUCGUGUACCGGGACCAGUCCCAUCCGGCACUGCCCGCCCCCGAGCAUCUCAUCCUGUCCAACGGAAGCGUUAAUCAAGAUGUUCGAUCUUUUGACAGCAUGCCGACGGCCACGGCCCUGAACCGCCGGAUGUCUGCCCACGCCAUUGUGCUGCCGCCGGAAAAGCAACCCCACUCGAGUGGGCUCCCCCUCGUCCAAGGACUGCAUCAGCAGCAGCAACAACAGCAACAGCAGCAGCAGCAGCAACAGCAGCAGCAGCAACAACGGCGAGCCUCGUACGCGUUCGUCACGCCCGACACGCAAGCCCUCGCCAAGCGGAACUCCAUCCCCCAUCAGCAGAUCCAGAAGGUGCAGCCCAUCAUGCAGACGCAGUUCGCUGCGCCGGCAAAGACGCAACCGUUCCAACCGCUGGUCAAACCGCAACCACCCACCCUACCCACCCACUACACCUCCCAAACGGCUCCCCCGUCCUGUCCGGUGACGCCGCCCAACAUUCAGCCGCUGGACAUGCAGGACGACACCAAGUCGUCCUCCGAGGGUAGCUGCUCGACCUGCGACUCGGACAGCGAGCAGGAGCUGGACGGCAUGCCCGGCGAGGAGCGCGAAAUCUUCAUCGACUUUAAGCCGCGCGUGUCGCCCGUCCCCUCGCCCGGUGCCGUCAAGAAGAAAAAGCUUCAAAAAGCACAGUCCGAGGGUGAGCUGAUGCAUGCCGACGCAAGGCGCAAAGCGAGCGUGACUGCGGAUGGAGAUGGCGGUAGCUCCACCGUACCGACCGGCAGUGACGAUGAAGGACGCUCCACGAUGCGGGAACAGUGUGCAGCGCCGAAACUGCCCAAGCCGGACUAUCGCGACGCGAGCGAAAGCUCCGUGCCGGACGAUGAGCCACCGGUGAAGGAUCGGCGAAAGGAAAGCUUCCGCAAGCGCUCGGUCAGUCUGGAUCAGCCGACGAGCUGCGAGCAGGAGGACGAGGAGGAACGGGAGCACAACGGGAGUGUGGUGCAACAGCACCCGCAUCGCAACGGCGGGGACAGUGGGAGACCGCACCCGCACGCAGCCCAGCGCAUGUCGUCCCGGUCUAGAUCGAUCGGAGCUGCGAUUGGGUCGCGCCAUCUUUCGGCACCACCUUCGCCGCAGAAGGAAGAUCACUCCGCGUCCACAGGUAGGCUUCACCGGGAGGCUUCCCCAUUCCACUCUUCCGACUCGCUUGCAAACGAUGCCACCCGCGACACGUCCGACGGGAACUGGAACGAAUCGCAGGCGACGAUCAUGACGCAAAGCUUAACGGACAACGGGAAGCUGACUCCAUCGUCGAGAAGGAAGAACCUACUGCUGCAGCAUCAGCAGCGCAGCUCGAUGGAUACGGAUGUGCUGGAUAUGGAAGAUAUCGCCGAUCAGCCGCUACCACCACUGCCGGUAACCGUGGCAUCGACUGCACUGCAGUCAAACACCGUCUCCACACCGUCCGGCCACGGCCACCAACCGAACGGGACGGCCAUUCAACCGAGCGUGGCCGGCAUCGGCAUCGUAAAGCCCACCACCCCAUCGAUCGCUGUCAUCCCGUCGCCGAGCAUGGAGCGCGAGGAACGUGACCUGCAGUGGCAAAAGUCGGCCACGCUGCGCCGCCCUUCGCGGCCACUUUCGCCCACCAAGCGGGCCGCACGCAGCGAGCAGCAGAAGCAGCAGCAAAAGCUGCACAAAAUCGAACCGUUAAUCCAUCGCUCUUCGGACCCAACCGAACGUACCGGAAAAUCCGACCCAAGUCCAACGUCCUCUAUGCCUUCCGGCAGCCCAGCGACUCCCCAGCAACCUUCGCCGUCCUCAACCAAGCUGCCCCACCACCAUCCAAUCGGUGCGGCCACUCCAGUGGCUGCCCGGUUCGCCAAAGGUUCGCCCGGAAACGGUGUCGAUCUCUUGAAGGAUCAUCCCGUCUUUAGCCAGGAUCCGAGCACAUCCGGUCCUGGUGGUGCUACCGGUGGUGGCGCUGGAUCGGAAGGCAGCACCACCGAGGACUAUGUGACGUGCACCGACAACUCGAAGCGGGGUGCAUCGGGAGCUAAAGGUACAUACAAAACGAUCCACGCCACUAGACCGACCAAACAAGUACCAGCCACCACACAGGACGGAUCAUCCUUCGAGAGUGCGUCCUCCAUCUACAGCCUGGCCCGGGUCGAUGCGGUGUGCGAGGAAACGCCCCCGGUCGAGGAAAAGUCCGUCUCGCCCCAAAUCCCACCGCCGCCCAUCCCGAAGCCCUCGCCGACGCACUCCGUCAGCAGCAGUUCGAGCGAUAGUUUCAGCGUGAGCAAGAAGAGUUCGCCUUCCCGGGCCGCCCUGCCGAAAGCGAUCGCCGGCAAGGUGAAGCCGGCGAAGCCGCAAUCGCUUUCGGACGACGAGCGGAGCGAAAAGCGCUACUCAUCGUCGCACGACGAGAAGGAGGCCGCGCCCAAGCUGCCGUACGCUGGUGCCGCGACCGGAACUAUUGCCCGAAGCGCUCGGCGGGGUCGCGACUGGAACGAGGAGGAGCGGCGCAGGAAAAAGAGCACGUUCAAGCUGGAGUUUGACAAGGACUCGAUCAAGACGUACACCACGCCGAUGCUGCGCCAGCCGAGCCCGGGCUUUAAGAAGCUGUCGCCGGAGGACAAGAGUGCGCUGAAUGUGCUGGACGGGGCGAGUCCCAGCAGCAAGCAGAAACGCUUCCGACCGAAGACGCGCAAGUCACCGCGGGCUCGCAGCGCUGUACCGGAGGACACGACCGCCGGCAGUGGGAUGGGAUCGACUGGAACGCUGCCCCGGCGAAGCAAGACACCGUUGGUGCGCUCUCCCGAGAAACCUACCGUGGUGGCGGCGGCUGCGGCGACUGCGACCACGGCCGUGGUGAUGGCCACACCUCAACCGACGAUUGUUACCACCGGCACGAAGCUGAGUCCCUCGCAGUACUACUCACAGAUCCGUAGCCCACCGUCGGUUGGAUCUCCACGCAAGCAGAAAAUCUCGCCCGAGAAACGACUGCAAGCGAUCUCCACCGAGUCGCUACGUUCGGUGUCACCUGGUUCGGACUCGGUGUUUUACAGCGAAGCUGACGCAUUGUCCCACUGUGAGCACCAGGUUCAUUGUUCACACUGCGGCAAAGAGGUGGAGGUCUCGAACCUCCCGGGCGAAUCCGAAGAGUCCAUCCUAACGCUCGACUCGACGGACAACGAUCGGCCGGACAUUGUGCAGCCACCGGAGGGGUUCGCUGACUCGCCAGACUGCACCAAGACGCCACACCACACCCGGCUGUACAAGAAGAUGGACAAGCGCUUUCGCUCCGAGGACAGGCACGUCGAUCGGCGACACUUCAAGAGCCGGCAGGAGUACCGGGCCAAGAGCGAGGAGCGUGGCAAGGAGGAGAUCGAACCGAAUAAUCUGCGUCCAGCCGGCUCGUCGCCCUGCGUAGCGCCGGCCGGCCAAGCGUACAUCGACACGACGUCCGAGCCGGAACAGGGCAUCUACCACGGUAACUACAAGGCGGGCCUGUGGAUCUGCAUCGCCGAUAGGGACGUUUGGCGACGGAACGAGCUGCCGGACGGCAGCUUCGAUCGCCCGAAGGAUGCAACGCUCGAGCGACGCGGCUCGACCGAUUCGGAGCGAGAUUUUCGAAAGAAAUACCAAGCCAUCACACACCGGCUGGUGCACCGGAAGUCAUGCGUCGAGAUGUACCGACGUCAGAAUAGCAACAGUUUUGACACCGAUAAAACGGUGGUCGUGUGCAGGAAGUCCGGCGAGUUCGGGUUCCGCAUACACGGCUCGAAGCCGGUCGUGGUGUCCGCGAUCGAGCCGGACACGCCGGCCGAAACUUCGGGCCUAGAGGUAGGUGAUAUUGUACUGUCGGUCAACGGUAUCUCGGUGAUCGAUAAAAGUCACUCGGAGGUUGUGAAAAUUGCCCACGCUGGCAGCGAUACGCUCGAGCUGGAGGUUGCUCGUACGAUUGGGAUGCUGUCGCCCCUGGACGAUGGCUCCUCACAUCCCUCGAUCUACACCGGGUUCCUAUGGCGGUACUGUUCCAGCGGUGGCAAAUGGGUCCGGCGGUGGUUCUCGCUACGGCCGGACCAUUGUCUCUACUACUACAAAUCGGAUGCGGAUAAUCAACCGAUUGGUGCGAUCAUGCUGACGAACCACACGAUCGAGCGCAUCCCGCUAGAACCAAUCACGCGCCCGCACAGCUUUGCCAUCGACACGGAGGAAGGCACCAAGGUGCAGCUGUCGGCCGACACGGAAGAAGCGGCCAGUCGCUGGAUCGCCAUCAUCAGCCACGCUGCCCAGCAAUGUGAUCCUUGGCUGGAAAACAGUGCACGGAACCUACGGCUCUGUGCGACGGGUAUCAGCAAACCGGACUGCAGCGGGCCGCUGACCAAGCUGGGCAGCAAAUGGCGCUCGUGGACCAAGCGAUACUGCGUGCUGAAGGAUGCGGUACUCUACUUCUACCACGACGGCACCAGCAAGAGUGCUUUCGGUAUGGCCUGCCUGCAGGGGUAUCGUGUACAGCCUUCAUCGGCCGGUGGUAAGAAGUAUGCGUUCGAGAUAGUUCCACCGGAGCUGAGUCUAAGACACUACUACUUCCACACCGAGACGGAAAUGGACAAGAAGCGCUGGGUGGCCGCCCUGGAAUACUCGAUAGACCGGUGGAUGAGGGCCGGCUGAAAUAACCUGAAACGCUACGAGCAGCUCGUAUAGUACACACCGUUUGGCCUUACGUUUCGCCAAUCUCCGGUCGGGAGCAAUCCUUUCCACCACCACCAGCAUCACCAUCCAUCCCCGUCAGCCAACGGUCCAGCGGUGGCAGCAUAAACAAAGCACAAGCAAGCAAAACUCCACUACUGUGCCCGCGCGCGCGCGCUCACCCAGCUUCACAUUAUGGUUUCGGAAUAUGCGAAUGGGGAGGGCAUAAAACAACACAACCUCGGUCACGAACUGCCCAGCGCACGGUGCUCUUGCAGCAGCGACGGCAGCAGCAGCGCCAGCGUCCAUCGUAAAGGAGCCGUGAUUGCGGUGUGCCUACCUUUCAGGCGCCGCCAGCACCGGUGAUUGAAUGGAGUGAAAGCAGACAAGCGACGAGCGCAGCGACAACGAGAAUCAGUGCUGACAAUUUGUGCAUGUAAGCUGGAAGCAUACACACACCGACACAUACACACACAAAUAGCCCACAGUCACGCUUCAAUUACGAUCGUGCCUGCUAGCAGCAGGCCAAACAAAUCAACCGUGCCGUAAACUAUGGAGGCCAGCGUAAUACGAGACUCACACUCACACGCUCGCAAGGUAGGUUUUUCCGAUGGUGUAAUAUCAAACCCGUCCCAUUCGCUUGCUGCUUGAUGCCAUUUUGGUGUCGUGAUUUUCACUCGUCCAGCACGAGCUACAUCGCCCCCCGCGUGCGCACAAACACACACACACACCUACACGGAGCAGGAUGGCAGCUUUGUGUCUUGCAGCUUUGGUAGCGUUUUUCGGGGUCGGGGUUGUUUUUCUUGCCACUCCAAAAGUGUAGUGGGUAGGGGAGCCGAGGCCUGACCUUUUGUUAUUGACGUAACGUAUACAAUUUAUGCUACCGCUUGCCGUAAACACUUGCACCGCAGGGUUUUCACAGCAUUUUCAUUUCCAUCUUUUUCUUAUAUCAUUCUCCUCGACCAUCACUUGGAGGCGCUGGAAGUGUUAAGCGUCAUACGAGAACGAUGCGUAGCGUUUGCAAUGGUGUGAUGGUGUGGGAAAAUAUUUUUCUACCCACUCGCCAACCACGGCACACGGGCUCGGUGCUGCGGGGGAAAAGUUUCUCUUACAAAACGUCCCCAAACGUGGCAUAAACUUCAUCCUCCUUCUCGUCGCUUUGACUCAAAAGAGCAGUAGACUCUAGAGACCGUGUCUAGGGGGGGGGGGGGGAGGGGGAGACCGGAAAAAUUGAUGAAAAUAUUUCCCCAUUCCAAAGCAUCCCAACCCAACGGGAGGAGGAUGUUUCCGGCUGAACAACUUCAUGUAGCAGGUGUGUCUGGUAGAAGGUACUGAAGCGAGAGUUUGUCACCACCGAUAAGGACUGUUGGGGCCUUGCACGCAAGGCCACCGCCCCAAAAACUUCCGGGAUAUGAAAGCGAUUUAAAUACACACAGCACCCGUAAACAAGCCAACUCUCUCUCACACACAUACAAACAUGGAGAUAGCAAUAGAUGCGAAACGAGACCAACAGAAACGAACUGAACGGGGCGCCCCCAGAGCUGACGUAGCGUUGUUUUUCCCGCUCGAAUCGAAGGAAAACAUUCUUCUCCUUAGAUGAUAGCAUUAAUAGAGAGCAUUUAAUAGAUUUAAUAGCGAAUGCACACACAUACACACACAUAAAGACAAGCACACCGUAACGCAAUGAGACGCGUCUCAUUGAUGGGUAAAUGGAUAGCAGGAAUGUGUGUUAUAGUUAUAGUAGCAAAAUUAAAUCCACUUAGCGAACGAUCGUAAAUGAUAGCUUUAAGGGUGGUUCUAGCAGACACGGUAAGCGAAGAGGGCGAUUUUGUUACGCGGAUUGCAUACUUUACACACCCAGCCAGCCUUGCAGAAUGAAUAUGCGCCUUAAAGUAUGCAAUUGGCGUAACAAAGUUGCGCUUGAAGCUAUUUGUUUUGUUUGGAAACAGGAGCACGUUAUCGCCAGCAUCGCUACGAUGCCAUGGGGAAGCGUCUUCAUAGUAUAAUGGAUUUAAACUCCGUAACUUACACGGAUGGUAAAGCACACUUCUACACUUUGAUAAGGACUCUUGAGCAGAAAAAGGUUCAGUGUUUGUGGGUAGAACUUGUAUGAACUUAAAGUAUUGAUCAGGGCGAAAUGGAAACGCAUUGUUUAUUGGUAAACGGAUUUAUGGAUAACAACGAAGCAUACUCACCAGGAUCGUUCUUGUUGCACUAUAAAGGUUUAGUUUUAUGAGAACGCUUCCUUGGGAAUCAUCUGAAAACAUCUUCAGAAGAAAGAAAUGGAUGACGUUUGCAAUAAAAAGAAAGUUUCUUUCAAAAACUUUGGCUGAAUAAAACGGUCCUCAGCACUGUCAUUGUAAAGCCUUUUAGGGUGAGAUAGCUCUAUGCGGGAGAAAGAAAACGAAAACUUGCUGGAUGUUCCCUCUUUGCCUGUCUGUUUCCCGUAAUCUGUACAUUCCCUGCAAAACCCUCUCCCCUUUGGCAGUAGAUAGGAUAGAAAGGCUUUGCCAGUAUGUUUAUGUCCCGAGCCGAGUGGAUUGUUGUACCGAAACAGCACAGAAACGAUACGCCACGCAAGAAAUACGCCCUAAAGCAGGCCCCAACAGGCAAGCGCUGGUAGUUGCAAGCUGUGUAGACACUAGAAAAAAAAACUCAUUUAAAGGAUGAGAUUAAUGUUAGAGCUUUAAAAGUUUAUCCAACCGGACGGCGGAAACGAACCCGGAACGGCAUGUUCCGUGACGCUAUGACCCACUCAAUUUGAUGAAAUGAAAAACUCCAAUGCGGGGAGUUUGUUUUUGAACAAUUCAAACACAUACACAAACACACACCUAAACAUGCGCACAUUCAGAUGUGGAAGGUGGCAUUUGCGCUAGAAGCAGCAGUAGAAGUACAUGAUCGGUAGAGUAAAACCAUAUCAGUAUAUUUGUCGGCAGUAGAAUACCAUAAACCUUUAACCAUCGAGUAACCUAUUAGCAGAUAGUGAGAGGUGCGUGUUAGGAAAACAGAAACAAAUCCAAGAGGAGCUAUUUUGUGGUUCUCUGUUCGAUUCGAGACGAGUCGGUACUUGAGUUUUUGUUAUUGUUUUGAGAGAAUAUUACUUUAUGAGAAAUGCACUGCAGCUGUGUCGCUGUUUAGUUACAGGCCGGUUGGUAGGAUAUGGUUGGUUAGAUAAAUGGUAGAUAAAAUCGGAAAUUAUUAAAACAAUGAAACUAAUAAACAAUAAGCGAUAAAAUAUGUAACUAACGAAAGAAGGCGCGUGCAGACGGUGAGGUAGUAAAUGAAACACUUAAAUAAAGUCAAACUUCCAGUGCCAAACAAACGAAACAAAUACAGACCGCGUCGGUUGCUGCAUUAAAGUUGUGCUGGGUAGCGAUGGUGAUCGGGAUCACUUGGUAUCAGGUUUACAGUAGCCUUGUUUUCUACAACUCGCUCCACAAAACGAUGCCCUUCAUAUUGUUUCCGUUCCUUUUCAAACAACAACGCUUUAUCAGCUGCUCACGUUUUUCUUAACCUCUCACUCACUCUUGAGCUAAUUAUAAUGACCCAGAACUGAUAUCAAUACGGGUAUAAGGGACGACGGUGAACGAAUUAUCGACCGAUUUUGGGAACACUUCUCUUCUCUGCGAGCAAACACGGGCCCACACUCUCUGCUCCCUUUCCUCUAUCUCUUGUUGAGCAUUAUCAUUAUUGCCUUACUGCAUGUUGUUUGAUAUCAUCUUGUCAAAAGUAAGCAAAAGUGUCAUUGUCAACUUCUUUUAUCUGCUUUGUUUGCUUCUCCUUUGCGUGGGAUGCUGGAGCUUUUUUUAUUGUACCUUCCCUCGACACGAUCCAUUCCAUGUGGUGUGUUAUCGCAGUCACAAGGCUACAAUGCAAAAAAACGCGACCAUACAAACACACACAAAAGCUACAACAAAACUUGUACGACAAAUAAAACCAAAAACCGCUACGAAGGAACCAGCAUCUAGAAGGAACACACACAAAAACGGAAACACAGAACAAAUGAAUCUCAACAAGUGCUUUGGUCAAAUGCGACACGGGCGAAGAAUGAAAUGAUUUUUGUGAGCGUAUUACAAUAGAAAGAGCAGCAUGAAAAGUAAAGACAGUUGUCUCUUUUUUAGUAAUAUUUGAGAGAACAGAUCUUCAUAUUCCUUCAUGAUUCAAUUCCUCUUAAAUCACCCUUCACUUUUUUAAUUGAUGGUGACAAUAAUCCAACCUAAAUUGGCCCAAGAGUAGUUAUGCGCCUUAAAGUAUGCACACAGCAUAUCAUUUCUCGUUUAACAUCUUGUUAACACGACUUAAAUUCUUCUCAACACAACACUUUUCCGAUUUAUCCAUCCGGUCGUAGAACACACUAACAGGAACACACGAAACACACACCUACAUUUCGCAUACCAUCACUCCCUGAUCAUCCAUCCCCCCCACCCAAGGUUUCGUUGCUCAAAGCAAACAAUGCUCUUCGCCAUUAUGCAAAACACCAUCGUUCGUAAUCGCAAAAAACUGCGCACAGACACCUCGUGACACAUGAUAGGUUUGUUCAGCAAACAAAAUGCAACAUGCUACAUGAAGAAGCAACGCACCAUCUACCAGCACACUUGCUGUGCUGCUGGCAGGAAGAUUAUUAAACAAAACAAAAGAGAUAUUUAAAAAGAAAAACAAACGUUUUUAUAAACGAUUAAGACUAUAAGCAGGAUAAAAGAAGAUAAGAUGAGGAAGAAAGGAACAAAAAUGUUGCAUAGAGGAUACAACAAGCAAAACACUGUAGACUAGCUCAAGAUCAACCAAAUUUAUGCCGAUAUUGGACGCGAGACGCGCAUGUCAGGUUAUCUUUUUUCAAUUAAGAAUGUUUUUUCUUUCUUUUUUAAUUGUUAAGCUACGAUUUAAUAGAAUACGAUAACUUUCGCACGUUCCAACCAGUGGCAACCAGUGACGCCGUACGGUUCACCGUAAUGAAAUAGGGGAAAAGUAAUUCAAAGUUUUAUUUGAAUUUUACCUUGCGUUCCAGAGCACCGUUUGCAUUGCAGACGGGUUGGAAAACCAAAUUUACUUACCACAGUAAAUGGUAAUGUUGUGAACCACGUAAGACAAAUUUGAGCAAAGCUCCGCUCCAGAGAGAGAUUGUUUGAUUGCCGGAAUGGUUGGUAGACUUAAGUGACGCUGCAGAUGAGAUGAACGUGAAAGAAAAACAGACGGGGUUCGAAUUAUGCUCGAAGCACUGCCAAAAACAAAACUCAUCUAUCUUCAACCAGCAGCAAACCAGCGGCGAGCGUUCUGGAUCGUUCUGAAGAAAAGCGAGAAAGACAGAGGGAGAGUAUCAAUUUAAACUGGAAGCACGUUAAAUAAAAAAAAAAAACAAAGAGACCCUAUUUGCAUGGCCAGUGCGCUGAGCAUUAGCUUUGGAUUCAAUAUAAGUGUUUAGUGGAACAAAUAGGAAUGAAAAUUAAACUGCGUCUAGCCCUUGCCACGGGACGAAACUUUGUUGAAGAGUAUGAUGUAGAGCGAUGGCACGAUCGCGCCAAAGCGUAUAUAGCAGCGUUUCGAAACCCAUUUUGCAGCGGAACAGUAUGAUACAAAUUAUAUACUAUAUACCGAUAUACACACACCUACAAAACACCAUGCCGACAUUACACAUUCAACCCAACAUACAACAGCCCAGCCACGCUCAAAAGUGCUACAUGAUACACUUGAACUAAUUAGAAGCUACAGAUGAAAGUGGAAAUAGAAUGAACAGACACAAAAACAUGCAGAAACUCAUACAAACUGUAGACCAAAUGCCCAUCAUCAAAUGUUAAAAUCGUGAAAGAUGUAGUCAAAAGUCAACCCGUAGCAUUUCAUGAACGUGAAACGAAUACGAUUGUAGCGAAAAGCAGUGAACCAAAACCCCAUUUUUCGAGCGGUCAGUUAGUUUGGUGUGAGAAAUAAAUGGUUAUAAGAACAAAGAAAAGGAGGAAAAAACAACAAAAGAACACUGUAAAACUUACAAUGUGGCAGCAUACAUUAUCAAGCGAAUAAAACUGAAAAUCUUAUUCGGAACGAAACAAA